GCUACAUUUGCACAUUGGGGUAGCAUUAGUAUGAUAGUUAUCUUCUUAUCUUAUUUAAUGAUAAGUGCAAAGGAUUCAUAGUUCAACUGGAUUCUGAAGUGUCGCACUCAUAGUUGACGAUUGGUAGAGUUGUGGUAAGGAAUUUUUAAGAAAUGGGAAUUUUUUGAUACGUUGAAUGCACCUAUUUUGUUGACGUGAAGAAUGACAAUUGAUUUAACCUCACAUUUUUAAAAAGUAAAAAAGAAUUUUAUAUAAUUGUAUGCGACGUAAGCAGAAUCGCAGAUUGGAAGUGAAAGUUAGCAAGUGAAAGUAUGGAUAGUACCCAGGAAAUUUACAAAAAGCAGAAGACAGGCAUGCAGGUGGCAACGAAUGUAACCGAACAGAAGCAUCAUGUUUCGAGGGCGAAGAGAGGACAGAUCUUGGGCCAUUUGCGCGGUUUUCGCGGCUGCACGGUGUGGUUUACGGGACUUUCGGGCGCCGGUAAGACUUCGAUAGCUUUCGAGCUCGAAGCCUACCUCGUGGCGCGCGGGAUACCCGCCUACGGUUUGGACGGCGACAACAUGCGAAGGGGACUCAAUCAGGAUUUGGGAUUUUCGAAGCGCGAUCGGGAGGAGAACAUUCGGCGGGUGGCGGAGGUCGCCAAGCUGUUCGCCGACGCCGGACAGAUUUGCCUUUGCAGUUUUCUGUCGCCGUUCGCUGUCGACCGGGAAUUAGCCCGGCGUAUACAUCGCGACAACGAUCUGCCAUUCUUCGAGGUGUUCGUCGACGCGCCACUUGAGGUGUGCGAAAUGCGCGACACGAAGGGGCUGUAUCAGAAGGCGCGGCUCGGCAACAUCAAGGGUUUCACCGGGAUAGAUCAGGCGUACGAGAAGCCGGAGAACCCCGAGCUCGUCGUGAAGACGAUCAAUUGUAGCGUCGAGGAGUCGACGAUGCAGGUGGUCGAGAUGCUACAGGAGAACGGCAUUUUCCCCAUAGAUAGUGAGAGUAACGACCAGGUUAGAGAGCUCUUCGUGCCCGAGUACCGCCUCGCCGCCGCUCGCGAAGAAGCCAGCUAUCUUCCCGCUUUAAGCAUCACCAAGGUCGAUCUGCAGUGGGUGCAGGUGCUCGCCGAAGGCUGGGCGACCCCGUUGCGCGGUUUCAUGCGCGAAGAGCAGUUCUUGCAAUCGCAGCAUUUCAAUUGUCUCGUCUCCGACGGUGAUUGCAUUAAUCAAAGUAUUCCGAUUGUUUUAGCCGUUACAGCCAGUGAUAAGGAACGUUUUGAUGGGAAUCUGGCGGUUGCGUUAUACUACAACGAGGUUUGCUACGCGAUCAUGCGAAAGCCCGAGUUUUAUUACCAUCGCAAGGAGGAACGGGUUGCUAGGCAAUUUGGUACGACUAACAAAGACCAUCCGUACAUUAGCAUGAUUUACCAAUCCGGCGAUUGGCUGAUGGGCGGCGAGCUCGAGGUUCUGCGCCCGAUUACCUGGGGCGACGGUCUCGACGAGUACCGUCUGACGCCGAACCAGCUACGCGUCCGCUUCAAGCAGAUGGAGGCCGACGUGGUGUUCGCCUUUCAGCUGCGCAACCCGAUUCACAACGGUCACGCGCUGUUGAUGACGGACACGCGCAAGAAACUGGAAGAGCGCGGAUUCAAACGUCCCGUGCUCCUGCUGCACCCGCUCGGCGGCUGGACGAAGGACGACGACGUUCCGCUACCCACCCGCAUCCUCCAGCACGAGGCCGUGCUAGACGACGGCGUCCUCGACCGCGCCUUCACCGUCCUGGCGAUAUUCCCGAGCCCGAUGAUGUACGCGGGCCCCACCGAAGUCCAGUGGCACGCGAAGGCCCGCAUGAACGCCGGCGCCAACUUUUACAUCGUGGGCCGCGACCCCGCCGGCAUUCCGCAUCCGUCGGGCAAGGAGGGCUCGCCCGACGGAAACCUGUACGACGGCUCGCACGGCGGACGAGUGCUAAAGAUCGCGCCCGGCUUGGACGCGCUCGAGAUCCUUCCGUUUAGAGUCGCCGCGUACGAUAACAAAAAUUGUAGGAUGGAUUUCUUCGAUCCUGCGCGAAGGGAGGAUUUCGACUUCAUUUCUGGGACCAGAAUGAGAGCGCUGGCUCGUAACGGCGAGGAUCCGCCCAAGGGUUUUAUGGCCGAAAAGGCCUGGAAUAUCUUGGCGGAUUAUUACCAGAUGCUAUCGAAAGAAGAAUGUUGAAUUUCCACUCAGAUUCCUUUACAGCUUUAAUUAGAAUAGUUUUUAAUUGUUGAUUCUUAGAAAUUUAUGUAUUGUUGCAUUUAUAUUUUCUUUAUCUGUAUAGUGAUAAAGAAUUGCCCUUCACUGUAAGAUACUUCUGAAAUCCAUUUACCUUUGUAUUAUACACAUUUAUGUUAUGUAAUUGUAUACAUAUAUACCUAACAUGAUAAGCUAUGUACAGAUUUAUUCCAAAUUAUACCUGUACGUCCUA